UUAUGUCUGACUUUACUCUCUGGCAAGUUAAUGGUCAGCACAGAUUUUAUUGCUACCAAGCGGUACCUUUGGGUUGGUUAAGGAAACCUGGCUCCGUGUAACUCUUCUACUUUUAUAUUGUGUUGGAUUUUAUUUCCCCAUAUUGUAUUCAGCACAGACAGAUACAGUUUUGCAAGUGAUUUUGUUGGCUUGUUGAAACGAAGGAGUGAACCAUCUCUUCUCUACAUUUCAUCUCUGAAGGGUCAGUCCGGAAGACUGGUAACGUUAAGCGACGAUGAUGCGGUAAAUCAACGGGGGGGAGUUUCCUGUCUGACUGGAGGAAUGCCAGGUGGAGGCUUCAGGGAGCUCGGGGGCAGCCUCCCCGCCAUCGCCUCCCUGAACACUUCCUACUCUACGUCUCUGUCCCUGCCUUCCCCGUACCUGCUGAUACCCCCCGCGGAGCGCAAGGCCAUCUCGGACGUCCGGCGAACCUUCUGUCUCUUUGUGACGUUCGACCUGCUCUUCAUCUCCCUCCUGUGGAUAAUUGAGCUGAAUAUCUCCAGCUCAAUUUGGGACAGUUUGAAGAAUGAGGUGGUGCUGUAUAACUACAAGUCGUCCUUCUUUGACAUCCUCUUGCUUGCCUUGUUUCGUUUCCUGUGUCUACAAGUGGCUUACGCUGCAUUUCGGUUGAAGCAUUGGUGGGUUAUUGCGGUUACCACUCUGGUGACCAGCGUCUUCCUCGUGGUCAAGGUCAUCGUAUCUAGCCUCCUCUCCCAGAAUGUCUUUGGCUAUGUGAUACCCAUCACUUCCUUUGUGGUGGCCUGGCUGGAGACCUGGUUCCUUGACUUCAAGGUGCUCCCCCAGGAGGCCGACGAUGAGAGAGCCUACCUGGCGGCGGUGAGCGCGUCCUGUGAACGAGCCCCGAUGAUCUACCCCCGAGCGCUUUCGGACGGACAGUUUUACUCCCCCCCGGAGUCCGUCGCAGGCUCUGAGGAGGACCUGGAUGAGGAGGGUCUUGGACGCAGAGCUGUCACGUCACAGGACAAGGAGUACGUGAGUCAGGGUCGAGAGGCCAUGUCCGUGGUGGAACAGAUCCUGGCCCAGGAGGACAACUGGAAGUUUGAAAAAAACAAUGACAUGGGAGACUCUGUCUACACUCUGGAGAUCCCCUUCCAUGGAAAGACUUUUAUUCUGAAGGCCUUCAUGCAGUGUUCUGCUGAGCUUGUGUAUCAAGAGGUGAUUCUGCAACCAGAGAAGAUGGUCCAGUGGAACAAAACGGUCUCCGGCUGCCAGAUCCUUCAGCGGGUCGAUGACAACACUCUGGUAUCGUACGAUGUCUCAUCCGGCGCAGCAGGCGGAGUUGUCUCCGCGAGGGACUUUGUUAACGUUCGUCGAGUGGAGCGCAAACGAGACUGUUACCUCUCUGCUGGCAUGGCAACCGACCAUGACGCCAAGCCCCCCGUCGGGCGCUACGUCAGGGGAGAAAACGGUCCGGGAGGAUUCGUGGUCCUCAAAUCCAGCAGUAACCCGUCGGUCUGCACCUUCAUCUGGGUCCUGAACACAGACUUGAAGGGCCGACUGCCUCGCUACCUCAUCCAUCAGAGUCUGGCCGCCACCAUGUUUGAAUUCAUGUCCCAUUUACGCCAACGUAUCGCCGAUCUGCGGCCUUCUCCCCACCACCACCACCACCACCACCACCCUUAAAGCACAGGAGUCCAGCUGAUUCCGGGACAGGUGGGCGAUGCCGUUCACUCCCAAGUGGACCUCAAUAAAACGGGCGUAGCGGUGCCCUCCGCCAAAGCGAUGCGACAGGAGACGUGAGACAAGGGACAUGUGACCGCUCAAACUUUUUUUUUUUCAGAUUUCAAAGGCAAAGGCCUCGCCGUUUGUAGUUAUGUUUUUUUUUGUUUUUUUUAAUUGAGUGUACACCCGUGUUGUCGUGAGGACUUGUAAUUGUUUCACAUUGUUUCCCUCGCCGCUCAAUCAGAACUUCCUGAAUCUGACCGUCAUCAUGUGGCUGGGAGGACUUUAAUGAAACCAGAAAAACAGGGAGGGGGUGUCAGCGGUUCUCCCUGUUUGGGCAUCCGGCCAGAAGCCGCCGUCUCUCUGGGCCUUAACCUACUGCACAACUUGUUCGCCAUCAAUUUUGUUUUGCUUUAGUUUAUUGUUUGGAUGAUUUACUGUGUAUGUUUUGACUCCAUUCUAUUAUUCCCACACUUCAUUCUCCUUCACUACACAGUGAUAGAUGGGGGAGGGCCCAAUUACCACCGACCCACAUGGUCCCCUGCGUUAGGCAGCCUGGGAGCAGCCAGGGAGGAAGCGGUUACUUACUGCGUGUGGUGAAGGAAUUCUCAAACUCCCAAACGAGACCAGUGGAGACGGGGCUUCACUGCGUAGGUCGGUGCAUUCCUUGUUCUGUUUGGUGCUGAUGACCUUGAGGCCUUAUGGUGAAACAGCCGGCUUUGUUAUUCAUCAUCAAAAGUUAGUCAUGUGAUUUGAGAUCUACUCCCCUCGGGCCCUGAAGUUCGGCCCUGUCGAGGAGGGAACUUCUUUUUUUUUUUAAGAGGAUUACAGAUAGUCCGCCUGUCUCAUGAUCACGAAAGUACCGAUGAACCUUUAGGUCGUGGAGCGGCUGUAAACCUGGGGGCGGCUGCACGUUAUUUCUCCCCCACAGCGCUGCAGCAGACUUGUUCUUCCGGGGUUCACGGGUGUGACUGUGAGGUUUUGACCGGGAUGUGGUCCUUCAGCACACCCAAGUCCCAACACGGCCUUGACGCGUUUCACUUAGUAAACCCAGGGAUUUGUGAACGACGAUGUUGUUGUUAUUUCAGUCCAAAACAAGUUGCUUUUGAGAUUGAACUGUAAAUUUGAUGGGAGUCAUUUGAGCGACGUACUUUCCUUAGAGAAUUUUAAAUGAAAUUUAUGUUAUCAACAAUUUGGUGCCUUUAUCACCAUGUGACAUUACAGGUCAGCCUUUUCUUUUGCUUUACGUGUAUUUCAUAAUGUUGAAUCAAUGCUUAAUACCUUCACACUGUACUGUAUGUCUAUGAAGCCUGCAUAGAGUACUGGUUUCCUUUCUCAUUUUUCUAAAAACUUUUUACACUUAAAAUGAGUAUAGAUUAUUCAUCAAACAUGUUAAUUUAAAGCCAUCACAGGAAUACUGAUCACCAUUUUUUUAAGUCUUAACCAGUGUCUUAUGUCUAAUAAAAUCUAUCAACUUAC